UUAGUGUAAAUAUGCCAGGGAUGAAAGAUUAUCUUUCUAUUAGAAAUGAUGACGGAAAACGUGAGCAUGUCCAGAAACGUCUCAUUCUCUCGAACUUAAAAGAGUUAUAUGAACUUUUCAAGGAACGUCAUCCAGAUUGCCGGGUUGGUUUUUCAAAAUUUGCAUCAUUGCGUCCUCAACAUUGCGUGCUUGCUGGUUCGAGUGGAACUCACACUAUUUGUGUGUGUUCUAUACACCAAAAUGUCAAGCUUAUGAUGUUAGGGUGUAACUUGGCAGCACUUACUGAACAAUUAGCAACACCAUUACUGACGCAUAGUGACUGCCUGAAGAUAAUCAUAUGUCAAAACCCUACCUCUGAUUGUUUCUUUUACAACUGUGAUAAGUGUCCAGGAAUACAAACUUUGAAAGACUUACUAUUAAAUGUACUAGAAGAAAAUGGAAAAUUGGAUUUCAAAUCCCCGUACGAGCUUAGAGACAUUUGUGAAAACUUCAUCAGAUUUUGUAGACAGUUUUUGUGAGAAUAUCACAAGUCUUCUUCCUCAUAAUUAUAUUGCUAAAGAGCAAGCGAGUUAUUUGAGGUCGUUGAAAGAAUCAUUGAAGGAGAAUGAAUUUAUUGUUAUCUGUGAUUUUGCGGAAAAUUAUGCUUUAGUUAUCCAGAAUGCUGCAUCUGGAUUCCACUGGAAUAACAGCCAGGCAACUGUUUAUCCAGUUGUAAUUUAUUAUAUAAACAAUAAUGAGCUGGUUCAUAAGUGUCUAGUAAUUGUAUCAGAUUGCUUAUCUCACGAUGCAGUUGCUGUUCAUGAGUUUACAAGAAUCACAACUAAUUUUAUCAAAGGUCUUUCCAAUAAUAUCUCAAAAAUUAUUUACUUUUCUGACGGAGCACCCCAACAAUUUAAAAAUUUCAAAAAUUUUGUAAAUCUUCAUUAUCAUGAAGAAGACUUUGGAAUUAAAGCUGAAUGGCAUUACUUUGCAACCGCACAUGGGAAAGGACCUUGUGAUGGAGCUGGAGGGACUUUCAAAAGGAUGGCAGCACGAUCAAGUCUUCAACUUCCGUAUAACAAAUCAACAAAUUUCAACUCCUGUCGAACUAUUUGAAUGGGCGGAAAAACCAAAUUCUUUACCAAAUAUAAAUAUUGAAUUUUUUUCAAAUGAAAAGUAUGAUCAGGCUAAACUUUUAUUAGAUCAACGAUAUUCACGAGCAAAAACAAUCACAGGGACGCAGAAAUAUCAUUGUGUCAUUCCAGACGGAAAAGAUACUUUGCGAUUUAAAGAAUUUUCAUCAUCCAGUGAAUCUCGUAUUUAUAAAAUAUUUAAACG